GGUGUGAUACCGCUGAAGAAGAAGCAGUAGUUGGUGUCGCCAUUAGUGUGCGGUGUUUAGCGGAGAUGUUCUGAUGGUAUUAGUGGGUGUUGUUGGACUCGUGGAGGCGGCCGUGUGUGCGGUAUAUCAGCCCUUUAAGCCCGGGGAGCUGCGCGGGGCGUGUCGGCGCGGUGCGGCCUGUCUCCAGUGAACACAGCGCUCCGUUAGAGUCUCCGGCUACUGGCAAACAAACGGCUUCCGCCAGCCGGUCGGGACGACGCCUUUGAGACAAACCCCGCCGCUAACUUUCUUCUGCUGGGCUUUAUUUCACACAGACACGCCUCUACUGUUCAGUUAGAGCUCAGUUUUACAUGUUAGGGGGUUAAACCCGCGCUGUGGGGUCAGACAGUUAGCUGAGUGGCUAAUUUAGUUAGCUCAGCUCGCUGUGGUUCCUCCACCCUGUCUCUCUGGGUCUGUCUGUGUGUAUCGAUCAGGUGUGUUGUUUGAUCCGCAGUAACUCCACAGAUCAGGAGGGCUGGUGAGGAGAUCUCACUCCUCAGAGCUGAAACACCACCGCCUAAACCUCCUCCUCCUCUUCUUCGGGUUAAGACUUUAGUUUAGAGUCGCUCCUGUGGAUGUAUCUUAACCCUCAGGUCUGGAUCUUUUUGUCUGCUGGAGUUGACCUAAGCUGGCGCGGCGCCUGAACAGAUAAUCUGCCUCCCACCCUUGUGGUGCGAGCAUUCCAGACUGCGUUUGUAGCCGGAGGUUGUGGGCAAAGUCUGUUAUCCAUCGGUGAUGUCUGAAGGAGAAGGCAAACAAUUCACUUCUACUGCUCCAACAUCCACCAUGGAAGCGAAGCCUGAGUCGGUAGCCUCCGUCCCUGCUGGCCAGGGUGUCUCCUCUGUAUCUCCCCCGGUGUCCACAGUAACUCAGCCUCCCCCUGCCGCCACUGCAGCCACUGAGGACGAGGAGGAGGAGAGUGAGGAUGAGUCUGAGAUUCUGGAAGAGAGCCCAUGUGGACGCUGGCAGAAACGCAGAGAAGAGGUUAACCAGCGAAAUGUUCCUGGCAUCGACAACGCCUACCUGGCUAUGGACACAGAGGAGGGAGUGGAGGUGGUGUGGAAUGAGGUCAUGUUCUCCGAAAGGAAAAAUUUCAAACUGCAGGAGGAAAAAGUGAAAGCAGUGUUCGAUAACUUGAUUCAGCUGGAGCAUUUGAAUAUUGUGAAGUUUCACAAGUACUGGGCUGAUGUGAAGGAGAACAGAGCCAGGGUUAUUUUUAUCACAGAGUACAUGUCCUCAGGGAGUCUGAAACAGUUUCUGAAGAAGACAAAGAAAAAUCACAAGACUAUGAAUGAAAAGGCAUGGAAACGCUGGUGUACUCAGAUAUUAUCUGCUUUAAGUUACCUGCAUUCAUGUGAGCCCCCCAUCAUCCAUGGAAACCUGACCUGUGACACCAUCUUCAUACAGCACAAUGGCCUCAUCAAAAUUGGCUCAGUUGCUCCAGACACCAUUAAUAACCAUGUUAAAACAUGUCGGGAGGAACAAAAAAGUUUGCAUUUCUUUGCACCAGAAUAUGGAGCUGUUGCCAAUGUCACCACAGCCGUGGACAUUUAUUCCUUUGGAAUGUGCGCCUUAGAGAUGGCUGUGCUGGAAAUCCAAAGUAAUGGAGAGUCGUCGUAUGUGUCACAAGAAGCCAUUAACAGUGCCAUCCAGUCCUUGGAGGACCCCCUGCAAAGGGAAUUCAUCCAGAAGUGUCUAGAAGUGGACCCCAGUAAGAGGCCCACUGCCAGAGAGCUGCUUUUCCACCAGGCUCUGUUUGAGGUGCCUCUGCUGAAGCUGCUGGCAGCACACUGCAUCGUCAGCCACCAGCACAUGAUUCCUGAAAAUGCGUUAGAGGAAAUGACUAAGAACAUGGACCCUAAUUUGGUGAUCAUGGAGAGGAAGGAAGUUCAGCUGAAGCUCUCUCAGUUCCCUGCUCUGGAACUUGAUAAGUUUCUGGAAGAUGUGAGGAAUGGUAUCUAUCCGCUGACAGCUUUUGGCAUACCCUGCCCACAGCAGCCCCAGCAAGAAGCAGUGAAGUCCCCCAUUGUGCCACCCUCUGUCAAGACACCCACUCCAGAACCUGCAGAACUCGAGACCAGAAAGGUUCUCCAGAUGCAGUGCAACAUUGAGCCGGUUGAGGAAGGAGCUAAACAUCAUUUGACCUUACUGCUAAAACUGGAAGAUAAGCUGAACAGACAUUUGAGUUGUGACUUGGCACCAAAUGAGAAUGUGCAGGAGCUGGCUGUGGAGCUGGUUCAGCUUGGCUUCAUCAGUGAGGGUGAUCAGCCACGUCUCACCACCGUUUUGGAAGAGGCGUUCUCAAAGUUCUACAGCAGGAACGGUUCUCUCAACCCUGUUACCGUCUCCUCGUAGCGCACGGACUGGCUGCUGUUUUCUGCUCCACCCCUCAUCCUCUCGCUCGGCUCGGGACGGGACUCUGGCGCUUCGUUGCUCGGCGGAAUGAGUGAAAGCUUUGCGGGGAUGGUUCAGGAGACUUUGACUUGUGCUAAAAAUGAAAGAAAAAAAAAAAAAAAAAAAAAAACUCCUGCAAUUUCCCUCAAUUCCUGCGCUCUGUUCUUCACACCGCUGUAGGCGGCAGGAACUGUUGCCUGAUGUUUGUGUACAAUUAUUCUCUCUGUGUAGCCAUCUGCUUCAAAAGAAGAAAAACGACAAGGUUGUUAUUUAAGUCAGUAUUACAAGCUGUUUUUGGAACAUUUUUACUUGCAGUAUCUGUGGGAUGGUUGUUUUUUUUUUCUCUUUUUGUGCAUUAUUAUUAUUAUUAUUGCAUCAAGUAUAAAUUGAUCUUGCUCUACCUAGAAUCUCCUUAUAUUAACAUGAGAAGUAGCCCAGCCUUUAUGGCUCUGACAAGUUCUCAAGAAGCAUAAACUAUGAUGCACUCGUAUUUUCUUACCUUUUAAAGGUGCGCUAGUUAGGAUUGUUAAGUGAAAAGUCCGUAAAUCUAAAACGAGAAUUUAAAGAGCAUCCCUAAGCAACAGUUCAUCUUUGGGUAUGUCUAAAAGGUACGAAUGUGUUUUAUUCUGUUACGAAUGCAGCACAUAAAGAUAGCUGAUUAAAAUACAAGGUAAUCUUAAUUAGAGCACCUCUUUUUGGUAAACGAUACCUGUGGGUUAGUUUUCUCCUGCAAUGCAAAAUUGACUUAAGCCAAUACUGUGAAAGGGGAGGGGCUGUCAGUGUUUGGGUGGGGAGAAGUGCAGAUUAUUUAUCAACAUUAUAUACAUAUGGACUAUCUUAAAGCGUGUUUCACUCUCAACGUUGUGGCAACUAUUUGUGAAUGUAUGCUCUCGUUUGCUGUAUAAUUUUCUCAUCUAAGUGGUGUGUGAAGAAAAGGGCACUCGGUUUGACCAGUUUUACCCCUCCCCCCUCUUGUAUAUGACAGAUGAGUUUGGAUAGAUGACUAAUCUACACCGUUUAUGAUUUGUUAAUAUGUGCCUUCUAUAGAUGAAGAAAAGACACACACUCGGUCCUUUGUUUAGAUGGCAUUUGUUUAGCUCUUUUUAUGACUUUAUUUGCUGGUUACUGAUGGGCGGUCUCUGUUGUUGAUUACGUAACAGCCAUCUGCUCUUUAGACAUGCAUGCAUGUAUAAAUAUCUAAGUUGAUCUAUUCUUUAAAAGACGUCAUUUUGCACACACACACACACACACUGUACUGUACUGGAUAUUAAAACAUGAUUGUGGUGCCCUUCUGAACAGCUGAUUCUGAAGUAUAAAGCUGCCUCAGUUGCCCCAGGCAAUGACGGUUGGAUAAUUGACAAUUAACUAUUUUGAGCUUGUUUUUGUUAUAUUUACUGUGACUCUUCUCUUUGAUGAGUUGGGCCGGUAUAAACUUGGAUCGGGCAAGUUUUCUUAUUGGUUAUCUUCAUCAAUUGGCCGAUCAGCCAGUUGGUCAGAUGCUGUUCUUUUUUUCGUGAUGCAAAACUUCCAGAAAACAGAUCCCUAACUGAAUAAAAAUAGAGCAAACCAGAGAUGCUCUAUUUGAGUUUCUUAUUAUGAACAUCCUUCCCUCUUUUGGAAGAGCAGAGUCUCUGUUGUUCAGAAGCUCACAGCACAACACUGUAUUUUAUUUAUUUUUUUCCCUACCAGGCAAACAUCAGACGACAUAAUGCGUUGACAGUGACUCUCACGAUCCUAAGAAGAAAGGAUGUUAAUGUCAAAGUUUGUAGUUAAGUCUCUGUCCAGUUUUGGAAGCUGACAAUACUGGACGCUCUUGAUUUUCAGAACAAUCAUUGUUAUCCUUUUUCUCGCACAGGACAGUACGUAGCUUGUAACUGCUUUGACAACACAACUCCUCUUCUGUAUCUUUUUAAAGUUGCACCAUUUCUUGUUAUAAAGACAACACUUAGAGCA